AUGCAAAAGUUUUUAUGCAAUUCAAAUUACUUCCAACAAAGAGCCAUUCUUGCACCCACAAAUGAAGUUGUGGAUUCAAUAAAUACAGAACUGUUAAAUAGUAAGCCUGGUAAAGAAAAGAUAUAUCUCAGUUCAGAUACUUUAUGUGAGUCUGAGGAUCAAACCGACUUUAACAUGGCAUUGUUUCCUCCGGAUGUAUUAAACAAAUUGCAUCUGUCAGGAUUACCUAACCAUAAAUUGGUUCUCAAAGUUGGAGCUCCGGUAAUGUUACUUAGAAACAUUGAUAAAACAAAUGGUCCGUGUAACGGUACACGACUUCAAGUAACAAAACUUGGAAAACUUGUAAUCGAAGCAAAGAUUAUUACUGGAAAUAAUAUAGGUCAUCAUACUUUGAUUUCAAGAUUGAAAAUGACACCGUCUGAUAAAAGAAUACCGGUGAAAAUUGCAUCAAGACAGUUCCCAUUAUCUCUAUGCUUUGCAAUGACCAUCACCAAAAGCCAGGGACAAUCACUUGAACGUGUAGGCUUAUAUCUUCCAAGGCCGGUUUUUAGUCACGGACAACUAUACGUUGCUGUAUCACGAGUAAAGAGCAGGAAGGGUUUGGAGAUCUUGAUAUGUGACAGGGGAAAACAAGUGUGUAAAACCACAACUAACGUGGUCUACAAAGAAGUUCUACAAAAUCUAUAG